UACAUCUAAUGGAUUGGAUUGACAUGCUGUGAUCUACGUACAGUGUUCAUGGGGAAAUCCCGCAACCUCGGCAACUCCUGAUUCGGCCCACCCUUGGACUUGACCUCCACUUAGUAGCCGACGCUCCUUUUAGUUGAUGUACUGUAUGUAUACUUCCCUCCCUACACCAUGUGAAAGAUCUAUCUGCUUCUGUGAUCGCAUUCGACCGUUAGCUGAACAUCAAACCACUACCUGUCAUUAUCAACAAGUCGAUUAGUUCAACGACACAUACGGCCAACUGCACCGGCGUAAGCAACCAUAGAGGUCUUAAUAAUUAGCAGAACGGCAUCCAAAGCUUCUCUUACCCUAAGUCCCCAAACAUACCUUCAAACGAUGUCCUCAUCAACAACGCCAGACGUAUUCAAAGGCUGGGUCGCGCACAAUGCGACAAGCCCCCUAACGUUCACAACGUUCAACCCCAAACCAUUCGCAGAAACCGACAUCGAAGUCGCAAUUUCCCACUGCGGCAUAUGCGGAACAGACAUCCACACGCUUCGCUCAGGCUGGGGCCUAUCAGACUACCCCUGCGUAGUCGGCCACGAAAUCAUCGGCACAGUGACCCGAAUCGGCUCGGGCGUGGGGACGCUCACAUCAUCACCAGCAUCACGGGAUAUCCGAGUCGGGGAUCGUGUCGGGAUCGGCGCGCAGAGCAUGGCCUGUCUGCGAGCGGACUGCUCCGCCUGUGCAGACGGACAGGAGAACUACUGCCCCCGGAUCACGGGGACGUAUAAUUCGCGAUACGCCGACAAGAGCAAAGCACACGGAGGCUUUGCGACGCGAUGGCGGGGCCCGGCGCAUUUUGCGUUCAAGAUUCCCGACUCGUUGCCCUCGGCCGAGGCGGCACCGCUGCUCUGCGGUGGGGUGACUGUUUUUGCGCCGUUGAGGAAGUACGGGGCUGGGCCUGGGAAAUCGAUCGGGAUCGUGGGGAUCGGGGGACUGGGGCAUUUGGGAAUUUUGUUUGCUCGGGCGCUGGAGUGUAAUUGGGUGGUUGCGAUCUCGCGGACGUCGAGUAAACGGAAAGAUGCGAUUGAAGGACUUGGGGCAGAUGCAUUUAUUGCUACGGGCGAGGAGAAGGAGUGGGCGAGGACGCAUUCGCGCUCGCUGGAUUUGAUUAUCUGUACAGUGGAUGCGCCGGAUAUGCCGUUGACACAGUAUCUGCGGUUGCUCAAGGUGGAUGGUACGUUUGUGCAGGUUGGGGCGCCCGAGAAGCCACUUCCGCAGUUGACGGCUUGGUCCUUGAUUCAGAAGGGCGUGAAGGUUACUGGGUCGAAUAUUGGGUCGCCAGAAGAUAUUCGGUUGAUGCUACAGUUGGCUGCUGAGAGGCGUGUGUUACCGUGGAUUCAGAAGAGGCCAAUGGAGGAUGUCAAUGCCGCUUUGGCUGAUAUGGAUGCUGGCAAGGCGCGGUAUCGAUAUGUGUUAACUAAUGAGACAGGGAAGCAAGCAAAGUUGUAAAAGGUGAGCAUAAAUUUCUAUCUUGUGUAUUAAUUUUACGAUAGCCUGGUAGGACAGGUUGAAUCACCGAUAUUUCUCUAGGAUACGUCUCUCAUAUCAUGUCUUGCUAUCUCACGAUAAGACUGUGGCCGGUACGAAGUAAUGCAUCCUUUUUCAGUAAUACCAUUCAUUAUUAUUGGACCAUUUUAACUUGUAGGAGGAGCAUGGAGGAGCAUGCAAGCCCGGAGUCUAGGGUUCAACCUGUUUUGGAGAAAGGUACAAGAUAUAUGAGGGAGGACUGUGGAUCUUCUUAUAGUGCAU